GAGGCCAAACAAAACUUUCCCCGAAGUUGCUAGCGGCUUAGGGCUGCCGCUCACACCAGAGAAACACCCUUUAACUUCCUUUGCCGUCUUUAUGGAUAUGCUUCUCCCAGAAGCCUCGCUGUUUGAGAAGUGGAGCCUUCAUUUGAGAUGUUAAAACUAAAAAUAAUGAUUUCAGCAGAACAAAACUUCGGGUUACGUUUCUGACUGUCCCUCCGCUCACCCUUGAGCUCUUUGAAAGAAAUUCUGACCGUUUUGGGCCGUUCCAAUUUUUCUUUUAAGGGGAGACCAUUUCGAGUACACAGCGUACUAAGAAGGAGGGGAAACGUUUUAAGAGGAGCGGUGAAUAGACUCAUUUUCUGGGUACGGUGUGGACGGAUUUCUCCGUUCAGGCGAAGUGGAGGAUGGCAAAGGACCGCCUCACACCUACUGGCCCCUCCCGCGCUCAGCUCACAGUGGUUGCGCCCCAGCGCAGUCACGUGCUCCUUGACCGGCGUGUUCCUGUGCGUGUGUGCAUGAGAAAAUCAUGGCUGGGCUCCUCAGGUCGGCCUUGCGCCUCCGUUCCUGCCUCUUGCCCUUGCGAGGGGGACGCAGCAUCGUAGCCACUGUCUCCUCUCCGCUGCCGCUCCGCUCCGUACAGGCCGCAACCUCCCGCGGCAGCAGGCACCUGAUCUACCAAGCGAGGCUCUCUACAGUUGCAACCCAAGAGAAGGGAGAAGUUGACGAACAACCCCCUCCAGCUAAUCGAGACAAACAAGCACAGUAUUUUGAUUGGGCCUUGAAUAAACUGGAUAAUUCUAUCAGAAGAACUGGGCGCAUUACUAAAAACCUUUUAUUAAAGAUAUUUAAUGAUGCAUGCAGAGGAGGAUAUCAAAGUGGCAACCAGGCUCUGCUCUUGUUGAGAACCUGUGGUUCAUUAUUGCCUGAGCUGCAUCCAGCUGAAAGAACAGAAAUUGUCCAUACCAUAUGGGCCAGGCUCAAAGCACUAGGUGUCGUGUAUGAUGUAAGCCAUUAUAAUGCUUUGCUAAAGGUCUACCUUCAGAAUGAACAUACAUUCUGUCCAACUGAAUUCUUAACAAAAAUGGAAGAUGAUAAUGUUCAGCCUAAUCGAGUCACUUACCAGCGACUGAUUGCUGCCUAUUGCAACAAGGGUGAUAUUGACGGCGCCAGCAAGAUUCUUGGUUUUAUGAAAAGCAAAGAGCUCCCAAUCACAGAGUUUGUGUUCAGCGCCCUUGUGACCGGCCAUGCAAGAUCUGGAGAUAUGGAGAAUGCAGAAAAUAUCCUUUCUGUGAUGAAAGAUGCUGGAAUUGAACCUGGUCCAGACACUUACAUUGCGUUGUUGAAAGCAUAUGCUGAGAAAGGUGACAUAAACAAAAUAGAAGAGAUCCUGGGCAAUAUUGAAAAAGCUGAUAUCUACCUUUUGGACAGGGACUUAAUGGACAUCAUUUUUACUCUUGCUAAGGCUGGAUAUUCUCAGAAGGUACAAAAUAUUCUGGUGAGGCUGAGACAUGAUAGAGGAUAUAUUCCAGAUGCCAUAAAUCUCUGUCUGCAUUUAAUAACGCACGGCUUAGAAGAUACAGCUUUUCAAGUUCUGAAGUCAUUUCCUAUGGCGGCAUUAGAUUCCCAGCAUGAAAAAAUGUUGGACCGUGGCAACUUCUUCUUACAGCACUGUGUACAUAUGGAUGUGCCAGUGGCUAAGCUGAAACAUUUCUGCAAUGGCUUGAAAGAAACUAACCUACACACUGCACCCCUGCAGUUGACUCUGCAUUGUGCAUUGGAAUCAAAGAAAACUGCUCUGGCUCUUGACCUUAUGAAGGCAAUGAAAGAAGAAGGCUUACCUGUCAGACCUCACUACUUUUGGCCUUUGCUGGUUCAGCACCAGAAAGAGAAAAAUGUUCAAGGUACAAUCGAAGUCCUCAAAGCAAUGCAUGAAAUGCAGGUAAUCCCUAAUGUGGAAACAUAUGCAGGCUAUGUUUUGACAAGUUUUGAUGAUGUCAACUCUGCACGCCACCUGCUGCAGGAAGGAGGCUGCCCUAUUGAUGGUAAAUCAUUCUCUGUAGCAGAAAUCAGACACGUAGCUGCGAAUGGGACACUGGAUAAUGUUUUAGCAUUAUUGUCUUCCAAAAAUAUGCCAGCUUUGGAUCUCCUGCAAUUUAGAGGCAGUCUAAUCCAUGGAUUUGGAAGGUCCAAUGAUGUAGAUCUUUGGAGCAAGAUAACAGAACUGUUGUACAAGGAUGGACGUUAUUGCCAGACGCCUUCAGGACCAACUGAAGCUGUUGGCUAUUUUCUUUAUAACUUGAUUGACAGCAUGAGUGACUCAAAGGUACAGGCCAAGGAGGAGCAGUUGAGACAAUACUUCCAUCAGCUGAAGAAGAUGAAUAUAGUAAUCCCUCCUAACAUCUUCAGAGGUAUUAGCAAACUACUGGACAACUACCACAUUCCUGAAUUAAUUAAGGAUGCAAUUUUACUGAAGGAUAAAGAAAGGCUCUUGCAAGGAGAAAUAUUAAAAGUGUCUGAGUUGGAGGAGAAACUCGAAAAACUAAAAGCUGAGAACCAACCGGUUGGAGAUGUUCUAAAACAGCUUAUAUUUGCUUUGUGCUCAGAAGAGAAUAUGCAGAAAGCGCUUGAAGUGAAAGCCAAAUACGAACCAGACAUGGUUGUUGGUGGCUAUGCAGCCUUAAUAAAUUUGUGCUGUCGACAUGAUAAUGCAGAGGAGGCAAUGAACCUGAAAGAAGAACUCUACCGUAGAGAUUCAUCCAUUGCUCUUGAUCUAAGCAAGUACCUAGCCUUGGUCAAAGUUUUGAGCAAAUAUGGCAGACUGGAAGAUGCUAUUAACAUUUUAAAGGAGAUGAAAGAGAAGGAUGUCCCUAUUAAAGAUACAACUGCCACAUCCUUUUUCCACAUCCUAAAUUUUGCUGCCUUGCGACAUGAUGAUGAAAUAGUGAAUCGGCUACACGACGCCAUUGUGACCCUGGGUUUAGCAAAGCCUACUGGGAACCUGUGUUCUCCCCUCAUCACUGUUCACCUUGAAAAGGAUGACUUAGCAGCAGCCGUGGAAGCUAUGUGUGAUUGCUGCAAGAAGUAUGGCAAACUCCCUAGACUUCAUGAUAUCUUGUGCAGAUUAAUAGAGAAGGGAAACACCGAACUAUUGCAGAAAGUUAUGGACUUUGUGAGCCAUGAGAGAGGUGAAAUGACAAUGCACUAUGAUCUCUUCUUUGCCUUUCUGAAUACUGGCAAAUAUAAAGAAGCCAAGAAGAUCAUUGAGACACCUGGUUUAAGAGCUCGACCACCCCGAUUGCAGUGGUUUGCAGAGAAGUGUGUUGAAAAUAAUCAGGUUGAAAUCCUGGAAAGCAUGGUAGCGCUGACUCAGAAGCUUUUUGAAUGUGACAGAGAUGAGAUGUACUACUACUUGUUAAAAUUAUGCAAAAAAAAUGAUGACUGGCAAAAGGCCGACACAGUUUGGACUAAAAUGCAAGAAGAAAAUACUAUUCCCCGUGAAAGAACUUUGAGGUUGUUAGCAGAUAUUCUUAAGGCAAAUAAUCAGGAAGUUCCAUUUGAUAUACCUGAGAUUUGGUAUGAUGAGGCUGUUGAUGAGGCUGUUGAUUCUUCCACUACUCACUUUUCACUGCCUGCUGUAGAGUCACCAAAUCUUCAGAAACAAAUAUCCAUACUCUGCAGAAGCGGUAAAGUUGAAGAGGCAUACAAUAUUUUACUAAAAGCACAAAAGAAGGAUAUUGUGCUUCAAGCCCAUGGUUAUUCCGAUCUUAUAAAAGCGUUGUUGAGCAAGGGUUUUCUUGAAAAAGCAUUCGAAGUGAAAAACAUUGCUGAGACCCACAUCAAGGGCUUCGUGCUGAACGAUGCUGCCAGCAGCCUCCUCAUCAUAACGCAAGUUAGGCGGGAUUAUUUGAAAGAUGCAAUGUCUACUUUCAAGAUGCUCCUUGAACGUGAUCAGGUGCCCCUUCCAGUGGCAGUUACUCAGCUUGUUCAGGCUUUUGCUGAGAGGGGAGAUCUGGAGAACAUAUCCACAGUUGAGAAGAUGAUGGCAACACUCAGCAGCUCUAUUCAAUUGCCACAUAAGCUUUUCAUCAUUAACACAGUGUUGGCUCACAUCAAGAAUAAUAACCUUGAUGUUGCUAUGGAAUACAUUGAGUCCAUGUUUACCUCUGGCGAGCUGCAUUCUGAUUCCCGAGGCACAAGCAUCUCAUUUCUGUUUAGGAAGUUGAUCGCUGACAAAAUGGAACCAGGUUUGGAAAGAUUGAGUGCCUUGGCAGAACGAUUGGCCAAUCAUUUUGGAAUUUAUCGGCCUGUCACAGACCUUUUUCUUGAAUACAUAAAUGCAGGAAGAGCAGACGAUGCCAGGCUUCUUCUAGAGAGAUGCAGUGCAAUAGGUGAGCAAAAAAGGAAUCUGUUGGCUUUCGUUAUAAAGACAGCCCAGCAACCAGGACAGGUCUACAAAAUCAAGACAUUGUUGGAUCUAGUUCCUGACUCCAUAGAUAAGACAAUUCUUUACUCUUACCUCAUGAAAUGCCAUGCAUUGGAUGAGGAUGUGACUUCUGCAAAAGCUCUAUACGAUAAAGUGAAAGCUGAGAAAUUACACCCAGAUGAGUUAUUUCUGAAACGUUUGGCAGUUCUCCUUAAGAAAGCAGGGGAGCCUGUUCCUUUCACUGAACCUCCUGAGAGCUUCAACUUCUAUGCAGAGAAACUAAGGGCUGAACGAAAGGGGCAUUCAUCAGAUGAAGAUUAAUUUUUUAAUGCUUUCGUUGCUGCUAGUAAUAUUGUGACUGUGAAAAGAUUGUUUUCAAAUGUAUUAUUAUCAGAAAAAAAAUAAAAUUGAAAAAAAGAUUCUUCACUGUACCGACUUGUAUAAAAUUACAUGACUUUAAGCAGUUUGGAAUGACUCUUUUUUUCUGAAGCAGUUAUAAGUAGAUUGCUGUACCUGCUAACACAACUGUAAAAAAGAUUUUCACUUCCUUCAGGGUUAUGUGCGUCCAGUGUACACAUUUGCCAUCUCCCCGUGUGCCUGCACACAUUUUCCACAAAACAAUUCCAGCUGUGUGCCAGGGAAACCCAAAUUCACAGAAUAAAUUUGGGUGCAGUGUAUUUGUGUGUGUUUUUUGCUUGAGAAAUCCAGAAUUUCUUGAACAAAAAGGGGAUUGACUAUAAGGGGAAAAGAGCAUGGACAUUUGGUGUAAGUGACCACAAUGGGCUUAAAGUGGCAAAUAGCAGUAGCCAGGGAUGCAGAACUGUGCAGGGUGUUAGCCCUGAAAAUCCAUGGUGGUUUCUGGUGAUGAAUUUCCAAGCAUUUCCCUACAGCCAUAAGGGAUGCAAUGAACACUGAUAUGCUGCCAAGUUCAGCAUUAGGAAUCAGAUUUCACACUUCUCUUGGCUUCUCCAGAGGUGCAGAAUUCACACAGCCCCAGACCACAUGGGUGUGUUGACAAUCAAAGCUUUCAGGCUUUGGAGAAAGCCUUAAUUAAGCUGUAUAUAUUUCCGUGAAAACAUCAGUCUCUUAGCAUACAAUUGCUUUUCAGAAAGCCCGUAAUCUUCAUAACCACUGCAUACUGUACAUUAAAGCUCUGCCUUAGAUUUUCUUUUACUUGUAAUAUACAGCAUAGAAAUCUGGGGAAUAGUAGGAGAUAAUGGAUAAUUUGGUUUCAGCCAAUUGAUACUUGCUGAUGUCUUCGUCAGACUUUUGGACAAUAGACCAUACAUUUGAGCGAUCAAUGCUAAGUUUGUUUGUAAUUAAUCAUACCUGUCCUAUGUGU